CCUGAUGCUGUAACAAAUCAAACACGAAAAGCCUAUAUAAUUCUUCGUCUCCCACCCAGCAUCCCUCUACCGCACCCAACUUCAAGCUUUAACUAGACAUAUUACGUCUGCUAUGCAAGUAUGAAAUGAAAUGAAGCCAAACUUAUAUUUGAAAAACACCAAAAUGCCCACAAAUUUACCACUAAGCGGUCCCAGACAUAAAUCAAGGAGCAAGAAAUCGGGUGCACACCUCAAAAUGGGAACGCGUGGAAAACUGCAUUUGUCAGUGCUAUGGCUUCGACUGUCGCUGUGGAUGUGGCUAUGUCUGUGGCUGUAGCUUUAGCUGGACAGGUGGCAUUCGGUUAAGUAAUUGGAUUAAUGUGGCAGUAGCAAGUUGGUAGGCAUCAGUUAUAUAGAAAAAAAGUGCUCCAAAUGCGAAGGAAGAAAAAAACUUACAUCUCUACUGAUUAGCCAGACCAAUCUGGUUGCGUUGUUUUGUCGUCGUGCAACCAACGUGUUUUUUGGUCAUCUCUCUUGUAUAGGACAAGAUGGGAUAUUUGAAACGGUCUGAUCGGUCGAUCCGUCGGUGCAGUGAUUUACGCAGCAAAUAAGCGCACGCAGUUUUUGGAAAUCAAAAGCGAUUCCUAGUUCACGCGCUCCUUAUUAUGAAAGGCGGUAUGAUUUAGUUUUUAGUAUAAAAUGCCUGAGGUGUUCCUUCAACGAUAUCAUUCAACCAACAGUUGUCUAUCAUUCGACAAGCUCCAUCAACCACAUUAAAUCUAGCAAGAUGUUCAGAUAUGUUGCCGUUGCCUUCACUUUGCUGGUCUGCGUGCAGUCCAGUCUGGGAGGAUUCUUGGGUGGUUAUGGAGGAUAUGGGGGAUAUGGUGGAUACGGAGGUCACGGAUACGGUGGAUAUGGCUUGGGUCAUGGAUAUGGCAUUGCAGCUAGCUAUGUUGCACCAUCUGUCACGAAAAUUGUGGCUCCUAUCAGCCAUGGAUACGGAUAUGGCGGCUACGGAGGAUACGGCUAUGGCCAUGGCUAUGGCGGACACGGCUAUGGUGGACACGGCAUUGGAUAUGCUGUUGCAGCACCAGUUGCAGUUGCUGCACCUGUAAUUAAGGUAGCAGCUAGCUACGGCCAUGGCUAUGGAGGAUACGGCCAUGGUUAUGGAUACGGUGGUGGCUACGGACAUGGCUACGGUUAUGGUCAUGGUUGGUAAGAAGUUUCUCUAAAUUCUUAUGAAGAAAUAUUUUAGUAGAUAGUUCGAGGAGCGCCAUCAGUUAGAAAGAAUGUAUCCAAAUAUAUAAAUAUACAUAUGUAAAUUCUUUCAUUAUAUUUUUUUUUCUCUCUCUUAGACUUGAUAAUUAUAUAGUCAACAUAAUAUAAUUUUAUGUGCAUUUAUUUUUAUAGUCUUAAGUUUUUAAAUGUUUUUUUUUAUACCAAAAAAUA